AUGAUCAAUCAUUCAAUUUCUCUACAAAAUAAACGUAUAAAACGUCGUCAUUUUGUUUUACUUGCAUUAAUAUUUCUUAUCUCAAUAUCCAGUUUACUGACGAUCUAUAUUUUAUUUCCAAAUAUUGAUCCUGAAGAAAAAAGUGCUUUUAAAAUUCCGAAAACAAUUGAUGAUGCAAAAAUUCUUGGUUCAAUAUUUUUAAGCAUUUUAGCUGGAUUUCUUUAUCCAUUUCCCAUAGCACUAUUUCUUGUUUGUUUAUGUUCAUCAUUGGGUGCUAGUUUUUGUUAUUUACUUUCGAAAUUAUUUGGUCGACGUAUUUUAUUAAAAUAUUUUCGAAUGAAAAUUAUUGAUUGGCAAAGAAAAGUUCAAAAACAUUCAGAUAGUCUUUUAUGGUUUAUUAUUUUUCUUCGUAUAACACCUAUUUUACCAAAUUGGUUUAUAAAUCUUUGUUCACCUAUUAUUGAUGUACCAUUAAAACCAUUUUUUUUUGGUACAUUUGUUGGUGUUGCAUUACCAUCAAUAUUAUUCAUUCAAGCAGGUAAAACAAUUCAUCAAUUAUCAUCACCAUUGGAUGUUUUUUUUUCUGGAGUUCAAUAUUGA